AUGACUAGCUUACUCAUCAUGACAAGCACACUCACAACCCAGACAAUACCAUUUGGCAGUGACUCAGAGAAGACAGGACAAAGAAUAGGAAUUGGCAGUGAGGACAACAAACUGUAUGGCAGCAUAGGUUUGUGCCAGCCUAAGGGUCUGUCAAAAUCCUUGGGGCUGAUUGAAGGCUACGGUGGUCGUGGCAAAGGUGGCUUGCCUGCCACACUUUCUCCAGAGGAGGAAGAGAAAGCCAAGGGACCCCAUGAGAAAUAUGGCUACAAUUCCUAUCUCAGUGAGAAAAUAUCACUGGACCGCACCAUACCAGAUUAUCGUCCAACUAAGUGUAAAGAGCUUAAAUAUGCAAAGGAUCUCCCACAGCUUUCUAUUAUUUUUAUCUUUGUCAACGAGGCACUUUCAGUCAUCCUGCGUUCGGUGCACAGUGCAGUAAAUCACACUCCAGCUCACCUUUUGAAGGAGAUCAUCCUUGUAGAUGACAACAGCGAUGAAGAAGAACUGAAAGGACCACUGGAAGAGUAUGUCAACAAGCGAUAUCCGGGCCUGGUGAAGGUAGUCCGCAACCAGAAGAGAGAAGGCCUGAUCCGAGCUCGCAUUGAAGGCUGGAAAGUAGCAACAGGGCAGAUCACGGGCUUCUUUGAUGCACAUGUGGAGUUCACCGCAGGCUGGGCAGAGCCGGUCCUCUCGAGAAUCCAGGAGAACCGGAAAAGAGUCAUCCUCCCGUCAAUUGACAACAUCAAGCAGGAUACCUUUGAGGUCCAGCGCUAUGAAAAUUCAGCCCAUGGGUACAGCUGGGAGCUGUGGUGCAUGUACAUUAGUCCACCAAAGGAUUGGUGGGAUGCAGGAGACCCUUCCUUACCUAUCAG